AUGGGAUCAUCUUCAAACCAUUAUCAUUACCAUGGAGAUGAUGAUCAUUAUCACUAUCAAGGAGAUGAUGGUGAUAAUUUUGAUGCUUAUUUACAAAAUAUUUAUGAUGCCUCGCAUAAUAUCCCGGAACCAAAUGAGCCAAACGAAAGGAUUUUUAUCAAGAGAAACCGGGAAGAAGGUCACAAUAAUCUUUGGAAUGAUUAUUUCAGUGACACUCCAACAUAUCCAGAAUAUCUAUUCCGGCGACGGUUUCGCAUGCACAAGCAUUUGUUCAUGCGUAUUGUCCAACGUCUCUCUACCGAAAUCGAAUAUUUCCGCCAAACCCAGGAUGCAACCGGACGGGCUAGUCUAUCACCUAUACAAAAAUGUACUGCAGCAAUUCGUCAAUUGGCAUAUGGUAGUUCGUCUGACAGUGUUGACGAGUAUGUAAGAAUUGGUGCUUCAACAGCUCGGAAAUGUUUGCACGAGUUUACCGCCGGCAUCAUCCAAGUGUUUGGAGAUGAAUACCUAAGACGUCCUACACCGGAGGACCUAGAAAGACUACUCUAUCAGAAUGAACAGCGUGGUUUUCCCGGGAUGAUUGGGAGCAUUGACUGUAUGCAUUGGGGGUGGAAGAAUUGUCCCACGGCUUAG